ACUCAUUUAUGUAGCUGUUGGGAGAAAUGGUUCUCAAAGAGAUGGGUUCGAGACCCUUCUUGGGUAAGGCUAACAGCACUAAACUAUGUAAGUGUUUUUUGUGUAAAGACCUGCUUGCCAAAUAUUGUCACGGAAAACCCGAGCACUGGAAUGCAAUAUGGAGGGAUAGCGACACAAUAAAUCAAAGUAAUACAGGUGUGGUCCUCCACAAAUAAAGGUGGGUAAAGGGACUAAGACAAGAGACGACUGGUCUGUCCUUGUCACAUGCUGUCCGAUCUCCAUCGGUUACGCGAGUCGCUUUGCAACAUAGGAACAUGAGGCUUGGAGGGGUGGAAGAAGGCUGCAGCCGCAGAGUAUUUAUAAACAAGACGAGUAGAAGGAGAGGGGUGGAGGGGCUGGAAAAGGAAAAAACGGAGCGACUUUUGGAGGACAGAAAGAAGUGGAAAGAGAAGGAGGGAGGGAGCGGGUCAGUGAUAAACAAUGAGAGGCAGGAUUGGGGCGAGUGGGGAGGCUGGGUCUGAAAAAGCCGCCAGGGAAACAGAGGAAGUUCAACAGUUUAAGGUCCGCUGAGAUGAAGGGAAAGGGGGACAAUCACUGAGAGAUAAAGGAGAGGAGACAGAGGGGAGAUGGUGGACCGUGGGCUUCAUCAAGAGGAGGACAAAACGGAGGGGAUUGGAAGAGUGGGCCUCUAGAUGAAGGUUUAUGAAGGGCCUGGAGAGAGGGCAUCAGCAGGAGGAGAUCUGCAAGUCCUGACGUUCACAUCCCGCUUGAUGAGAAGGGAUCCGAGGGACGUGCGGGGAGGCUCGGAAGGGGGAACAAGGUGGGGAGAAGGCCAAGGUGAGAGUGCGGAGCCAAGUCGGUCAUAAAAGUCACUUCAUGGUAAAAGAGACGGAACUCAAGGAAAGGAGAGAGCAGGAGAGAGAGAGAGGGAGAGAGAGAGAGAGCGAGACACACCAAAAAAGGGCUGAAGCCAGAGCUAGAACUGCCAAGGGUUUCUCAGUGGUGGCAGAGACUUGGUCGUGAGCAACGGGGUGAAGGACAUUUAGAGGGGGGAGAGGUGAAAGCCGGACAGUUAUUACCCACGGACCGAAACGGAGGGCGAAGAGGAAGGGAGCAAGGAAGACCACCAAGGACCAAUCAGAGGGAAAGCAAGGCCUCAGAGUGACAGAGAGGAGCUGGUCCAGGGUGAAGCAGAGGUGGUGGGAGCAACCUGGCGAGGGGCUCCUCUUGAGGAGCAAUGGCCUGGCGGAGCCCCUAAUCCCCCCUCUGGCACCAUGUCGACUGGCUCCACGCCACGGGAGGUGAGUGUGGCAGGCGAAGCAACCGCACCCGGUCCGGUGGGCCUGCAGACCCUGCUGGACCUGCUGGUAGGCGUGUUCCAGGAGUUCCGCGCCUCGCCCUUCGCUCGGGAGAAGUACGUCUCGGGCUUCCUGCAGUGGGCUGAGCCCCUGGUGAGGCAGGUGAAGAAGACUCGAAUUCAGAGGGAUGACUUCGACAUCCUCAAAGUCAUCGGCCGAGGAACGUUCAGCGAGGUCGCCUUGGCACGUAUGCGUGGAACGCAGCAGGUAUACGCCUUGAAGAUCAUGAACAAGUGGGACAUGUUAAAGCAUGGAGAGACGGCAUGCUACCAGGAGGAGAGAGAGGUGCUGGUGAAAGGAGACAGGCGCUGGAUCACUGAGCUUUACUACGCCUUCCAGGAUGACAACUACUUGUACCUGGUGAUGGACUAUUACGUAGGGGGUGACCUACUGACUCUGCUCAGCAAAUUUGGGGACCGCUUCCCCGAGGACAUGGCGCAGUUCUACCUGGCGGAGAUGGUGAUGGCUAUCGACUCUGUCCACAGACUGGGCUACGUGCACAGGGACAUCAAGCCAGACAACAUCCUGCUGACCGCCGAGGGCCACGUGAGGCUCGGCGAUUUCGGCUCCUGCCUGCGCCUGCAGGACGACGGCAUGGUUCACUCGUCCCUGGCGGUGGGCACACCGGACUACUUGUCUCCAGAGAUCCUGCGGGCAGUGGAGGGGGGCGGUGGCUACGGACUGGAGUGCGACUGGUGGGCGGUGGGAAUCUGCGCCUACGAGAUGCUGUUCGGAACCACGCCUUUCUAUGCCGAGUCCAUCUCGGAGACCUACGCCAAGAUCAUCCACUUUAAGGAGUACUUUGAGUUCCCGCUCUCGGGACCUGAGAUUUCAGAAGAGGCGCGAGGGCUUAUCGAGGGCCUCAUAUGCGAGAGGGAGGUGCGACUGGGGUCCAAUGGCUCCGGAGACUUCCGGAAGCACCCCUUUUUCUCCAACCUGGACUGGCACUCCUUACACCUCCACCCGGCGCCUUUUCGACCCGAGGUCUCCAACGCCACUGACACGUCCAACUUCGACGUUCUGGACGACUGCCUCAGCGAAAUGGAGACGCUGUCUGACGUAAUGGACAGGGCCCCGGUGGGGGUGCACCUGGCCUUUGUGGGUUACUCAUACACAACCACCAGAGAGACGGGGGCACAAGACAGAAGUCAGGACAUCAUGAUGGAGAUCGACAGACAGCCCGUGAGAGACUACGAGAGCCUCAGGUUUCAGGAGAAGCUGAAUCCAGCAUGGGAGCCGACGGACGACUCGUCCGCUGAGGUUUCGCCGCUACCGCAGCCCCCCCAGCUGACCAAGCAGGCAACUGCAGAGCUGCCAUCGUCCAAGGCCGAGCCGAGCACAACACGCAACGAAGACCUGCACAGGCGGCUCCAGGAGGCGGAGAGGAGAAACGGAGAGCUGGAGAGGGAGAUGGCGCGGCUUCGUGGGGAGAUAGAAAGCCUCUGCAUCUCUGAAGAGGAGAUGGAAGAGAGCGGCGCCCCCUGUCUGACAUUACUGGCUAGUGACUCCUCUAAGUCAACACCAGCUGAUGUUCCAGAGGGUGCGCCGGCCCUGGGGGACUUGUGAGCGCUACCUGCUGGUGUGCCCCCCCCUCCAGGUGAGACCUGUUGCCCCUUCCCCACAUCCAGUAUUGAGACAGUGCUGCCUCCUACCUGUGUCGCCGGGGUGAUGGGAUCAAAACCGCAGCGGAUGCCACAGGGUGCCGCGGAGCAGGAGCCGCAUCGCACGGGGGCCGCUGGGAUACGAGGUUCUGCGCGGUCACCGUAAGGGACGAAGCUGGACUCGCUUUGCUCUGGAACUCCAGCCCCCUCGUACAUGCGGUGACAAAGGGGACGGGGGAGAGACUGACCCUUCCCUGCCAGUCCAACACACGUCCCAAUCGUCGUGCCCUGUGAGCGUUGCUCUCUUCUGGAAAAGGGCCCCCUCCAGGGGAACCGGCUUCAAAGGGAUGGGGUCACUCCGAGUACAGGUGGAAGCCACUGGGGGGCCCCAUUUCGUCCCCCGACAUCCACCGACAGGUCAGCGGGGCUGCGUCCUUGAAGGAGGGAGAA